GAAAAGAAAGGGAAGGAAGGAAACAGAGAGAAAGGGUUUUGUCAGCGCGGGGAGAGAGAUGGAUGGAAAGGGGAGAGAGACAGGAGAAAGUUAAAAACACGCAAAUGGAAAGAAAAAGAAAGCUGCAGCAGCUGCUUAUCACUCAGUAGAUUUAUCUUUCUCUCCUUCUCUCAUCCACACGGGCGCUAAGUCAGUUUGGAAAAACUAAAUUAAUAAAUAAAGCCGUUUCUCUUUCUCUCUCUAUCCGGCCCCUUCUUUCCUUUAUGGUUUCUCUCUGAAACGGAGUUUGGUAGAGGGGGCGGCCGACUCCCUCAACUCGGACCGAGUUAUGGGUUGUUGCCAAUCUUUCUUCUUUCGAGUAACUGCCUCCCAGGAAAAAGCCUACCUUCAUCAGGCGCAGAAUCACCACCCUUCUCAACCUGCCAACGGCAAGGACCCUGCCUCUGCUGCCUCCUCAGGUCUCCGUGGUUUCAUCGAGUUUUCUCUCGCUGACCUAAAAGCCGCCACCAAUAACUUUAGCCCUGAGUUCAUCGUUUCGGAAAGCGGUGAAAAGGCUCCCAAUGUCGUCUAUAAAGGCCGCCUGCAGAACCAGGAUAAUCGCACUUGGAUCGCUGUCAAGAAAUUCACGAAACUUGCCUGGCCCGAUCCCAAACAAUUCGCAGAUGAGGCAUUGGGUGUUGGGAAGUUGAAGCACAAGAGACUAGCUAAUUUGAUAGGGUACUGCUGCGAUGGGGACGAGAGGUUGCUGGUGGCAGAGUACAUGCCCAAUGAUACUCUUGCGAAACAUCUAUUUCACUGGGAGAAUCAAACCAUUGAGUGGGCCCUGCGGUUAAGAGUUGCUCUGUACAUUGCUGAAGCUUUAGAUUAUUGUAGUUCUGAAGGUCGUCCACUGUACCAUGAUUUAAAUGCUUAUAGGGUUCUUUUUGACGAGAAUGGAGAUCCUCGGCUUUCAUGUUUUGGCUUGAUGAAAAAUAGCAGGGAUGGAAAAAGUUACAGCACAAAUCUUGCUUAUACACCCCCUGAAUAUCUAAGAAAUGGAAGGGUCACUCCUGAAAGUGUUAUCUUCAGCUUCGGGACUGUCCUGUUGGAUCUUCUCAGUGGAAAGCACAUUCCUCCUAGUCAUGCUCUUGAUAUGAUAAGGGGGAAAAACAUCCUCCUCUUAAUGGAUUCACAUUUGGAGGGAAACUUUUCAACUGAAGAGGCAACUGUGGUCUUUGAUCUUGCUUCAGAAUGUUUACAAUAUGAACCCAGAGAGCGGCCAAAUACGAAGGAUCUUGUUGCUACUCUUGCACCACUGCAAAAUAAACCAGAUGUUCCAUCUUAUGUGAUGCUUGGAAUUCCAAAGCAUGAGGAAGCACCGCCUACUCCACAACACCCUCUUUCUCCAAUGGGUGAUGCUUGUUCUCGGAUGGAUCUCACAGCUAUACAUCAGAUUUUGGUAAUGACUCACUACAAGGAUGAUGAAGGAACUAAUGAGUUAUCCUUCCAAGAGUGGACCCAACAGAUGAGAGAUAUGUUGGAGGCCAGAAAGCGUGGAGAUGUAGCAUUUCGUGACAAAGAUUUUAGAACUGCCAUAGAAUGUUAUUCUCAGUUCAUAGAUGUGGGAACAAUGAUUUCUCCAACUGUUUAUGCACGGCGAAGUCUAUGCCAUCUUCUAUGUGAUCAACCAGAUGCUGCCCUCCGAGAUGCAAUGCAAGCACAAUGUGUAUACCCUGAAUGGUCAACAGCAUUUUACAUGCAAGCUGUGGCUCUUGCGAAGCUGGAUAUGCACAAGGAUGCAGCUGACAUGUUGAAUGAGGCUGCUGCACUAGAAGAAAAAAGGCAACGUGGAGGGAAAGGAUCUUGAGAGGUGACUUGUGUAAUAUUCUUUUGUACUUGAUUGUUUGUGAUUGUUGUAACAAAAAUGUGGGCUUAGUGUAUUGAGGAAUUAGAAAUGUGGUUUUCAUCCUAAA